CCCAUUGUUUAUUUUGUUGUAUACUCAUUCGUUUAGCUUAGUUUAAUUAUCAUCAUCCUUUAAUCUUUGUUCAUCAGCGAAUAAUUUUCGCUUGAUAAUAAUAAUAGGAAUAACAAUGGCUGACACAACAUUAUUGAUUGAUGAUCAACAUCAUCGAACACCAAAAUAUUAUUUCGCCGCUUUAAGUGGAUGGCUUGGUUCAUUCUCAAUGGGUACUGUACUUGGUUAUUCGGCACCUGCAUUGGCUAGCUUUGAUCAACAAGGAUCUCAUAUUCAUCUGAAUAAAUUUACUGAUUCAAUUUUUGCCAGUCUAAUGCCAUUCGGUGCAAUUAUUGGAUCAAUAUGUGCUGGUUUUUUUACCGAAUCAUUUGGCCGUAAAGGUACAUUAAUAUUCACUACAUUACCGUUUGUAUCCGGUUGGAUUCUUAUGGCUUAUUCGGGAAAUUUGGAUUCCCUUACAACAUUAAUGAUUGGUCGUUUUUUAACCGGAUUCUGUUGUGGUCUAAUAUCAUUAACUGUUCCUGUUUAUAUUGGUGAAACAUGUGAUCCAGCAAAACGUGGAUUUUUUGGUUCUGGUUUUCAAUUGACCGUAUCAUUUGGCAUAGUAGUUACAUAUGUUAUUGGAAAAUAUUUUAUUUGGUCAGAUUUGGCAUUAUUUUUAACAGCUUUUCCAUUGUUAUUAUUGUUGACUAUUCUUUUUAUGCCUGAAUCACCCGUAUGGUUAUUGAAAAAAGGUCGUAUUUCCGAAGCAACUGAAGCAAAUAUCUAUUUACAUGGUGCUGAAGGUAGCCGUCGUAUGGCUGUCGAUAUAACUAUACCGACAACCUAUCUUAUUGAUCAAGAUUCGAAUGAUAAUGGUAAUGCUAUUGGUGGUGGUGGUAUCUACAUCAAUGGCAAUGCAUCGAUUAUGCAACAAUUUCGAUUAUUUUCAUUAUCCAAAUAUAACAGGCCAUUAUACAUUGCUAUUGCAUUGAUGUUUUUUCAACAAUUUUCCGGCGUAAAUGCUAUGAUUUUUUUUAUGACAUCAAUUUUUGAACGUUCCAAAUUUGAAUCAAUUUCACCAUCUGAUUCGACUAUUAUUGUUGGUUUUAUACAGGUUUUGGCUACAUUAUUGGCUUGUUUUCUUUCCGAUAAAUUCGGACGACGUUUCCUAAUGAUUGUUUCCAGUAUUGGUGGCCAUCUAAGUUUAAUACCAUUAGCUAUCUAUUAUUAUAUUGAUGAAAAAAAUAUUGGUAAUGAUUUAAAUAUUCAUUAUGGAUGGAUACCGAUAGUAUCGAUGGUAUUUUUUAUCAUUUCAUUUUCAUUGGGUCUUGGUCCAAUACCAUGGUUGAUAAUGGGUGAAAUAUUACCACUGAAUGUGAAAAAAUUAUCAACAAUUAUUGUAUCAUCAUUUAAUUGGUUUUGUGCAUUCAUUAUAAUUACAUUCUAUAAUCAAUUAGUUGAAACGGUUAGCAGCCAAUUAACAUAUUUAAUGUUUUCACUUAUUUGUUUAUCAUGUGCUAUAUUCAAUAUCAUAUAUUUACCUGAAACAAAAGGUAAAUCAUUUCAAGAAAUUGAACAACUUUUCAUACAAAAUCAAGUUGAACGAUCUCAUAAUGAACAACAACAUAAUGAUGAAUAAUCAUCAUCAUCAUCCACUAAAAAAUCAAU